AUGCUUGCAUUGUUCCUAACUACACCGCAUCUUGACGAUCGCAUUGGAAAAACGACCACGCUCAAGAGGGCCCUUCGUCUAGCCAAGUCCCAGAGAAGGGAGAGGCGACCAAUAGUAAAGGCUCCCCACUUUCCGACACUUUCCCGAUUAGCAUAUUCGGGACUGAGCCCGGAAGGAAGUGGAAAUGAAGGCGUGCGUGAUCCAUCGUGCUGCCGUCCAAAGUCAAACUCUGAUUGGAUACCGGAAAGAAUAAGGGGUCCUAAGUGGAACUGGGUCAGUGAACUAUUUAAGAAGGAUAAUGUAAUGACCAGAGACCAGAAAGUCGUUCAGCUGAGUCUAGUAAAUAAAAGCUCUUUCUACGUUUGUGAAAGUCAAUAUACAGUUAACGUUGAUCUCAUCAUCAAGUUGAUCUCAGAUAGCAUUGGUUCUGAGAUUCUUGUAAUCUCAGCUGGAGACAAGGAAGAACUUAAGAGCUGCAAUUAUUGGAAGGGAACUUCACAUCGAGCCAACGAAGAGAGACUGAAAAAUUCACGAUACAACACACUACAAGAUAAUGAUAAUUAUUUAAACGAAAGCUUGAGAAGCGAAUGUUUAAUGGAGUCUGUUCAACCAACGGUACUACAGAUCAAUUAUAACGAUGCACCGCCAUCUUUCGAGGAGGCAGUGAGUUUGGAUGCUCCGCCCCCUUCGUACGAAUCAUUAUUUGGUCAAAUAAGAGAAGUUCAUGAAAAGCAAAAGCACAUAUCAGAUUUGCUGCAAAAUAUAUCAAUUAUACUUUUAGGCACAAUUGGAUACACAAUUAUUGUAUUUGCAAUUCCAGCAUGUAUGAUAAUUAUUGCUGCAUUUUACUUUUACGAUUGUCCCGAAGAUAAAUUUAUACCUUUUUAUCUAUUAGUGGGCGGUGGAUUUGAAGUAUUUAAUAAAUUAUUCUUUUUAUGUACAAAUAUACAAAUUGUCAAUAAUACAAUAAUGAAUACCUGUAGAGUUGGAUGGUUUAUUUUGGGUUCCGUUUCAGUUUAUAAAGUGUAUGAACCAAAUUAUGAUCCAGCUCUUGGUAAAUAUUGUAAUAAGACUCUGUACUUAUUUGCAUUUUAUUUAAUUACCUUAGGUUACAUUAUAAUAGCUUUAGAAAUAUUUUACUUUUGUGUCAUUUGUUUGGUAAGUGCAAUAUCAAAAUUUAUCACAAUGAGAGAAUCAAAUAUGUAAAUAACUUCCUUAUGAUAUUUUAU